CCGCGGCGUUGCCACGGAAACGGCUCAAAACACCAGGCGCAGUCGAGCAGCAAUGGCUACAAGUGUCCCGACUGUGCCUGGACGAAAGUCACUGCGGCGGCGGAGCGCGGUCCCGUGAACACCGCGGCGGACCUGGCGUUUGUUCCCCUGUGCACGUGAAUAAAACGCACGCGUUCGUAUCGCUGGAUUACGACGGAAUCCCGGGUCGUUGUCCGGUCCCAUUCAGCUCGCCGAGUUUGAAGCGGAUGGAGUAUAAGAGACUACGCCAUUCAUCGUCAUGAUAUGGCUCCUGAUUUGAAACAUCCUAGCACCAGUAUCUCAUGAACCACAACGAGAUCUCAGGAAACACUGGGGUGGUUUGAGCUCUACACUGCUGCAGCAGGAAUGAUCACGUCCUAUAUGAACGGCUAUGCACAGGAUGCCCCUGGUCAGGCCAAAAGCCACAGGGAGAGGGCUGUGGACUGUCCAGGAGAGGAAGGUAGCCUUGUUAAGUCUCCACAAUGCAGUGCCCACAUGGAGAGGAUCCAGCACUACCAGGAGGAGUUAAGGAAGAAGAGAGAGGACGAAAGCAGGGAGAAGCACAACAUUGAUCCCAACGCUUCACUGAGGCUCAAGAAGCUGUCACAGAACCCCAAGGUGGGCAUUGACAAUCCCACCUUCGAAGGGAAGGAAAAGGCGACCAAAGAAACAUGCUCCCAGGAUCAUGUAGCUGAAUAUGAAGAGUUCCUGCAGGCUCUGAAGUGUGUGCAGCAAUGCCUGACUGAUGCACAGAGCCAACAGGACGCCGAGCUGAUAAUGCAGCUCCUUACCAAGGAGGACUUCAGGACCGCCUACACCAUCUACUGUGCUGUGUCCCAACAGAUGAGCAGAGUCAGCCCCACCUCGCCUCUCACCGCCCAAGCUCAGGGCCUUUGCCAGGAGGUACAGAAGAUCCUCCAGUCCAGUCAACAGAAGGAAGGCGUGGAGCUCAAGACUCUGCUCACAAAUCCACAUCUUCAGGCACUGAUGCAGGCCCAUGACAGUGUGGCAGUGCAGGAGAUGGCAGAGGAAAAUGUGACCCAGUACCUUGGAGAGACGGUUAAACUGGUGCAGCUGGAAAAGGCCCAGGACACUCCACUGGGUGCAACAGUACGUAAUGACAUGGACAGUGUGGUGGUGAGCCGUGUGGUGAAAGGGGGAGCAGCGGAGCGGAGCGGCCUCCUCAGUGAGGGAGAUGAGAUCCUGGAAAUUAAUGGUGUUACAAUUCGUGGGAAGCAUGUCAAUGAAGUCCAUGACUUACUGCAACAUAUGCACGGCACGCUGACGUUCCUCCUGGUGCCGAGCUCUCAAGUCAAAGCUGCGCCGCACAGACAAACUGUGAUGCACGUACGAGCUUACUUCGACUAUGACCCGUCCGAUGACCCCUUUGUGCCAUGUCGAGAGCUGGGUCUGUCGUUCCAGAAGGGAGACAUCCUCCACGUCAUCAGCCAGGACGACCCUAACUGGUGGCAGGCCUACAGGGAUGGAGAUGAGGACAACCAGCCUCUGGCUGGACUCAUUCCUGGGAAAAGCUUCCAGCAACAGAGGGAGAGCUUGAAGAAGACUGUACCCGACAGAGGUCGAGAGCACCAAGGGAAGCUUUGGUAUCCAAAGAAGAACAAGAAACAGAGGAAGAAGAGCACAUCAAACUUCAGUAAAAAUGCCGACUACGACGAGAUCCUGACCUACGAGGAGAUGUCCCUCUAUCACCAACCCACCAAUCGGAAGCGGCCCAUAGCUCUGAUUGGUCCAACAAACAGUGGCCACGAUGAGCUACGACGGAGGCUUCUGUCAAUCGAACCAGAGAGGUUUGCUGUCGCUGUCCCACACACGACCAGAAGCCCAAGGAUACAUGAACAAAAUGGCAGAGAGUACCAUUUUGUGAGUCGGCCCGGCUUUGAAACGGACCUGGCAGCAGGGAAGUUCAUCGAGUCAGGAGAAUACGAGAAGAACCUGUACGGCACCAGCACAGACUCGGUCCGGCACGUUAUCAACUCUGGGCGCAUCUGUUUGCUCUGCCUUCACACCAGGUCGCUUCGAGUGUUGAGGUCUUCCAACCUUAAGCCAUAUGUCAUCUUCAUCGCUCCUCCUUCUCAGGAAAGACUACGCACCCUACUGGCCAAAGAAGGCAAAACACCCAAGCCGGAGGAGCUGAAGGAGGUCAUUGAGAAGGCCCGUGAAAUGGAGCACAGCUUCGGCCACUUCUUCGACGCGACCAUCGUAAACAUGGAUCCAGACCAGGCUUUCCAUGAGCUGCGCAGGCUGAUUGAAAAGCUGGACACUGAGCCGCAGUGGGUGCCCACGUCUUGGCUGUGCUAGAGGUCAGGGGGCUUUCUAAGAGGACUCUCAGGGCAGGAGAAGGUAAAUGAGGUAAGAUUGAAAAAUGAAGGACAGUGGGACAUCACUGGAUUCUCACCUGCACAUUCUCCUUGUUUGAUGAGGAGGUGAUUGUUACCACAUUGCAAAGACAGACUCAAGUUUCUAACUUUUCUUUUUGUGGGUGUGUGUCUUUGUGGUUGAUGUUCUUGUUUUAUUUCUUUCAGAUUUAUGAAAAAAAUAUUUACCCAACAAAUAGAAAUUUCUAUUGAACACUUAAUAGUUAUUUAUAAAUGUAAAUAUAUAUUUUCUAGACCAAAUAUUUUAUUGUUACAUUUUGUGUGGCAUAUACAAAAUGAGACACUCAACCAAGAGUGUUAACGCCGCAAUUCUUACAUGGCUGCCUGUUAAUGCAGAAAGACAAGCACUUGUGUAAAGGCGGCUGCAGUACGUCUUCCAUUGUAAUUGCUGUGCUCUGCAGUUUUGUGUUACUUCCUCUACAUCAGUGUCAGUAUUAUUGUGUUGUUCCAUCUCAACAAACCUUAAAUCUGAGGUUUUGUCUCUAGCUGAUACUCACUAUUAUCAUGCUGCAGAGUGCUGAUAAGGUUUAUUUAUAACAGUAUUUACAAUCCAUUUUAGUUAAAACUGGUGUAAAUUCCACAAAUACAGUGUGGCUUUUUGCAAGUAAUAAUUCAUAAGAAAAAUCCUGGAAAAAGUGUUAAUAAAGUCAGAUGCAUACAUGGAACAA